CGCACCUUUAUCAGCAGUGACGGCGAAAGCAAGUUCGGGCGCUCUUGAAAUUAUGGAUCUAUAUGACGUUGACAAUCUUGUGAAAUUUUUAGACAAUUCUUCAAGAAAUGGAUGGGUCAUAUAUGGCGCAGUUGCAGCUGACAACAGCGGUAAUCAAGAAAACAAUUUAAUAUCUGUAAACGAGCUGAAUCGACCGUUGGCCAAACAUCCCGUAAUAAUGGUAAUCGGAAGUGAAGGCACGGGACUUCGUUCAAAUGUCGCAAGUGUAUGCGGUCAUAAACUCUAUAUCCCUUCUUACAAUACAAAGAAAUCGAGACACAUAGAUUCUUUGAACGUUAACGCGGCAACUGCUGUAUUGCUACAGAU